AAAAACAUUACACAGCAUAAGUCAGGGAGCAGAGGAAGUGGAAAGUGCUGGCUGAGCAGAGGGGGAUAACUUAGAGGAAGGGGAGGCCGGUGGGGAAGAUUUCAGGAAAAAAAAAACAGAUUUAUCAGUGAAACAAGGAAAAGCGCACACAGGAAGAGUCCCUGCCAUGGAAAAGAGCAGAUGAAGGAGAAGGCUGGGAAGGAACAAGCUUCAUAAAAAGAGCUCCUGAAAUCAUUGACAAGAUGUCAAGUGUGAGAUUUGAUCCCAAGGCAGAGGGCAAUGGUGUCAACGGGUUUGCUAAGUCUGAAGUAAAGGUUCAAAUUGAUGAUGGGAAGAAUGAUGCAGAGGAGCCAGCAACAUGGACCAACAACCUGAGGAAAAUUAUUGCUCCAUUUGUAAUGUCAUUUGGAUUUAGAGUCUUUGGGGUUCUGCUCAUCGUGGUGGAUUUUGUGUUCCUCAUCGUGGAUCUAUCAGUGAUGGAUAAAAGUGUUCAGACAUCAAAAAUCAUAUCAGGAAUUUCCUUAAGCAUUUCCAUCUUCUUUCUCAUAGAUGUUCUGCUGCACAUCUUUGUGGAAGGAUUUCGGAAAUACUUUAGUUCGAAGUUGUAUAUAUGUGAUGCUGCUAUUGUUGUUAUCACGCUGAUUGUUACCGUGGUCUACGCAUUCACAGAUUUCAGUGGAGCCACCAAUAUUCCAAGACUGGUAAACUUUUUCCGAGCUUUGAGAAUUCUCAUUUUGGUGAGAAUAUUUCGCCUGGCAUCUCAGAAGAAACAGCUGGAGAAGGUUACUCGCCGAAUGGUUUCUGAAAACAAGCGGCGGUAUCAGAAAGAUGGAUUUGACUUGGAUCUCACCUACGUUACAGAGCGUAUUAUUGCCAUGUCAUUCCCAUCUUCUGGAAAGCAGUCAUUUUAUAGGAAUCCUAUAGAGGAGGUUGCGAGAUUUUUGGAUUCUAAGCAUAAAGAUCACUACAAGGUCUACAAUCUGUGCAGUGAAAAGGGAUAUGAUCCCAAAUACUUCCAUUACAGAGUGGAGCGAGUGUUCAUAGAUGAUCACAAUGUCCCAGCUCUGGCGGACAUGCUAAAGUUUACAGCGAGUGUACGUACCUGGAUGGCAGAAGAUCCCAAAAAUGUGAUUGCCAUUCACUGUAAAGGGGGCAAAGGCAGAACUGGAACUAUGGUUUGCACCUAUCUUGUUGACUGUGACCAGUUUGAGAGUGCAGAGGAAAGUCUGGAUUAUUUUGGUGAACGCAGGACAGAUACAUCUGUCAGCACCAAGUUUCAAGGGGUAGAAACACCCUCACAGAGUAGAUAUGUGACUUACUAUGAAAUUCUGAAGAACAAGUACGCUUUACAGCUCCCUCCAGAGAAAAAGUUCAGAAUUCGAAGUAUACGAAUCCAUUCAAUCGAAGUGACCCAUUCCCCUCAUUUGCUGCCCUGGAGUCCCAAGAAAAAAAAGCGAGGGAUAUGGCCCCAGUGGAGACACAGACGACAAUAUAAUCUAGAGACAGGAGUAGGAAGAAACAAUGGAAGUGACUUGAAGGUACAGAUUAUAAUCAACAAACAAGUGGUAUUCCAGUGUGUCUGUGAGACUCAAGAAAAUUGUAAGCUGUUUUAUGAUCCUGGGAAUAAUUCUGCAGUCAUCAGUUUAGAUGUUUGUCCGGUUAUCUCUGGGGACGUAAAGAUAAGAUUUGAAUCUAGCGCUGGUCUACCCAAGGGCUAUGAUGACUGUCCAUUCUAUUUCUGGUUUAAUACUUCAUUCGUAGAAAAUAAUAGAAUUUAUUUAUCAAAAAAUGAGUUGGAUAAUCCUCACAAAGAGAAGUCUGGAAAAAUCUACAGUGAAAACUUUGCAGUGGAAUUGAACUUUGAGUCAUGAUGCGAUGUCUGAUCCUCAGGCACAUUUCAUAUAUCUGAUCUUCACUGUGACAUGAACUGAAAAGCCUGAAAACACACAAUGUGCCAUAUUUUAUACUGUAAUAUUACUUUUAUACUAGUGUUUAUAUGUAUAUAUUAUCACUGCUGUAAAGAUGUAGGCUACUUGUCCUCUUUUCAGCAGUAAUUGGUUCAAAACAAAGCUAUUCUUUGACUAUGUAGCAUUUUAUAGAUGUCUAUUUUUUAUAACUCAUGUACAACAUACUAUAUUUUGGUAGAGGGUUAAUAUUGAGGGUCAUUUACCA